AUGGAUGAACUCACAACCACCCUUUCCAAGCUCGGCCUUGAGAAGGUACCGCAAGAGCCCAACACAUAUCCCGCCCUCAACCCUUUCGAUAUAUACAGGAGUCACAUCACCGAGUUGCUCUCCUCCGUCUCCGGCGUAGACAAGAAAAUAAUAUACCCUACAUUGGCAUGGACAGCCAAGCCUGAGCAUGGCGAUCUGCAAUUGGCCGUCCCCGCGCUCCGCCAGAAGAAGAAGGACAUGAAGGCAUUCGCACAGGAGCUUGCAGACGCCUUCCCAGAGUCGCCGCUGGUCAAGAAGCCAAUCGUCACCAACACAUCGAUUGGCUUCUUCUUCAAGCCCGAAACCCUCACUUCGCUUGUUCUGCCUAUGAUUCUCAAGUCCAAGGAGAGCUACGGAUUCAACAAGAACCUCGGUCUCAAGGACCCCUCCGAUCCUUCUUCUGGCCCCAAGAAGAUGAUUGUCGAGUUCAGUUCGCCCAACAUUGCGAAGCCAUUCCACGCUGGUCACCUGCGAAGCACAAUCAUUGGUGGAUUCCUCGCCAAUUUGUACGAGGGCGCUGGAUGGGAUGUUGUUCGCAUGAACUACCUCGGAGACUGGGGAAAGCAAUACGGUGUCUUGGCUAUUGGCUUUGAUCUUUACGGAAACGAGGAGGAGCUUGUUAAGAACCCUAUUGGCCACCUGUACGACAUUUACGUCAAGGUCAGCAAUGUACAACACAACGAGGCCGAGCAGGUCAAGGCUCUCAAGGCUGAGGUUGCGAAGCUGAAGGAGGAGGGCAAGGAUGCAUCAGAGCAGGAGAAGCAGAUCAAGAAGAUUGAGGAGGAGGGUAUCGACGAGCAGGCUAGGAAGUACUUCAAGGGCAUGGUAGAUGGCGAACCCAAGGCUCUUGGCAUCUGGAAGCGAUUCAGGGACCUUUCCAUCGAGAAGUACAAGCAGACCUAUGCCCGGUUGAACAUUCACUAUGACGAUUACAGUGGAGAAUCACAAGUCAAAGAUGAGAGCAUGGAGCUUGCUGCCAAGACCAUGUGGGAGAAGAAGGUCUGCGAGGACUCAGAAGGUGCAGUCAUUGUAGACCUCACACCACAUUCCAAGAAGCUAGGCAAGGCGGUCGUCAAGAAGAAGGAUGGCACCUCGCUAUACCUGACGCGUGACAUUGGCGCGGCCAUUGAGCGUGACGAGAAGUACCACUUCGACAAAAUGAUCUACGUUGUUGCAUCGCAACAAGACCUCCACUUGGCCCAGCUGUUCAAGAUCGAGGAGCUUAUGGGCAGGAAAGACAUCUCUGACAGGUGUCAACACAUCAACUUCGGCAUGGUUUUGGGCAUGUCAACCCGAAAAGGCACCGCCAAAUUCCUCGACGACAUCCUCCGUGACGUAGGCGAGAAGAUGCACGAAGUCAUGCGCACCAACGAGACCAAAUACGCCCAAGUCAAGGACCCCGAGCAAACAGCCGACACACUCGGCAUCUCCGCCGUCAUGGUCCAAGACAUGAAGGGCAAGCGCAUCAACAACUAUACCUUCGACAUGGACCGCAUGACCUCCUUUGAAGGCGACACAGGUCCCUACCUGCAAUACGCCCACGCCCGCCUCUGCUCCAUCUACCGCAAAGCAGUCGAAUCCGAUCCUUCGCUCGCAGACCUUGAUCUCGCCACCGCGGCCGACCUGAGUCUGCUCCAGGAAGACAAGGCCGUCGAGCUCGUCCGUCAGCUAGCCAGCUGGCCCGAUACCUUCCUCAACACGCUCAAGACACAGGAGCCCACAACCGUGCUUACCUACUUGUUCAAGAUGGCGCAUGCGCUGAGCAGCAGCUACGACCAUCUGCAGGUUGUAGGCUCAGAGAGGAACGUGCUGAUUGCUAGGCUGGCGCUGUACGUUGCGGCCAGGCAGGUCCUGUACAAUGGUAUGAGGGUUUUGGGUCUGAGUCCUGUGGAGAGGAUGUAG